AUGGAGGAGUUAGAGGCGAGCAUCCUACGUAAGCUGGGAGACAGGGUGAAUGCCCGCAUUGAGGGGCUCGAGCCGAGGCUCAACCCUGCGCCGUUGCUUCGGCCUCCGCUGGCGGCUGACAAGAAGAGAAGGGAAAAGAAGACUGACCCUCAGCCUGAAAAGGAAAUGAAGAAGAUUACUAAGGCGAAGAGUAACAAGGAGGAUCCAAGGCCGCCGAACCCAGACUCUCUGGAGGAAACCUGGGCCACGGUGGUCAAAAAGAAGAAGAAGAAGAAGGAAAAGUCGCAUCCGCAACCGGCACCGGGAAAGGCACCUAAUGCCAAGAAGAGUCCCAAGGCUAAGGCGAAGCCUAAACUCAAGACUCCCCGGUCGUCGGCAAUAGUCCUCACCCUCACGGACGUGGGAAAGGAGAAGGCGAUGCUGAACUAUCAGAAGGCCCUGCUCAUCGCGAGGUCUAAGAUAGAUCUGAAGGAGAUCACGGGUCUGGAGACCCUCAGAGUCCGCAAGGCGGCAACGGGGGCCACAGUGCUGGAGCUCCCUGGGGCGAACAGCGGCUCCAAAGCCGACGCUCUGGCUGAAAAGCUGGGGACUUUGUUCGGCGAGAAGAUGAAGGGGCUCCUAUGGAAACAUAGGCAGAAGAAGGCCAAGACGGCGAUACGCGCGCGCAAGCUGUGCGACAUCUGCCCUCGGCUCGGGGCUGGGCAAAGGCUUAGCUGA